AUGGUUAGUAUCGUUUGUCGAUGCUUGCUUUGUUGAGGAAUUCGGGUUGCGCACGGCGCCCAAGUUGCCCAGAGAUGCUUCCAUGUGGUAGGAUGGCAUAUUUUCAGCUAGAAAAGUCCGGGUCAGCCUGUGGAGCAGUGUGGCAGUUGUUGUUGCAGUCUUGAUUUGGAUACAACAUUUUCGUUUCCGCGAAGGCGGUCAAGGCAAACCAAAGAGCGACCACCCCUCCCGUGGCGCUCAUGGCAACUUCCACUACUGCACUGCUUGGAGGCCUCUGCUCAGGGCUGCUGAGUGCGAAUGCGCUCAGCCGGCAUAAGCUAGCAGGGUGCAGCGCGGUGGUGGCGGUGGAUGGAUGCUACGAGGGCGUCAUUAGCCUAAGCGGCGCUGUUCAUGCGCUAUCAUCGACGUCCGGCCAGAUCAGUUUGUUCUGCCCGGGAUCCCUCUCUCCCUCCGUCGUUCUCUCUGCAAUUCUUGCAUUCGGGCACUGACACAAUCGCCUCCUUUUUCCUUCACAGACUCUCGCCGUCGACCUCCUCAACCCUUCCGCCGAGCACCAGGCCCGCCAACACAAGCUCAAGAGGCUGGUACAAAACCCCAACAGCUUCUUCAUGGACGUCAAGUGCCCCGGUUGCUUCGCCAUCACUACCGUCUUCAGCCACGCUCAGACCGUCGUCCUUUGCGGAUCAUGCUCCACCGUCUUGUCUCAACCAACCGGUGGUAAGGCUCGAUUGACUGAGGGUGAGUAAUUCAUGAGCAAGGCCAAGAUCCGGUUUGGGGACCAGUGACGCAGGCUUGCCUCGGCGCAAAGGCUGCAAGCGUACUUGGCUAGCUUCAACACUUAUAUUGAAUAAACGCGCUGACAUUCCGCUUACUCCGCUGCCAACAGGCUGCUCUUUCCGCAGGAAGGCAUAA